CCAAGAAAUUCAGCAUGGCGGCCGGACCGAUCGCCGAACGAAAUCAAGAUGCCACAAUUUAUGUUGGAGGAUUGGAUGAGAAAGUCUCAGAGACUCUUCUGUGGGAACUUUUUCUCCAAGCAGGGCCAGUUGUGAAUGUUCACAUGCCUAAAGAUCGUAUAACCCAGCUGCAUCAAGGUUAUGGGUUCAUUGAAUUUCUUGGUGAGGAGGAUGCUGAUUACGCCAUCAAAGUGAUGAACAUGAUAAAAGUGUAUGGGAAACCAAUCAGAGUAAACAAGGCAUCAGCACACAAUAAGAAUCUUGAUGUUGGUGCAAACAUUUUCAUUGGAAAUCUUGAUCCAGAGAUUGAUGAAAAGCUGCUCUACGACACAUUUAGUGCUUUUGGUGUUAUUCUCCAAACCCCUAAAAUUAUGCGAGAUCCCGAGACAGGCAACUCCAAAGGUUUUGCAUUCAUCAACUUUGCAAGUUUUGAUGCCUCUGAUGCAGCUAUGGAAGCUAUGAAUGGGCAAUACUUGUGUAAUCGACCAAUUACAAUCUCCUAUGCAUUCAAGAAAGAAGCUAAAGGUGAAAGACAUGGCUCUGCAGCAGAGCGUCUCUUGGCCGCACAAAAUCCUCUCGCCCAAGCAGACAGACCUCAUCAGCUGUUUGCAGAUGCACCACCAGCUCCUGCUGCAGCUACAACACUAGCACCAGCUGCUGCAGUCAUGCCGCCUGCCGUCAUGGCUGUGCCUGUACCAAGCUCAAUGCCCAGUGUGCCUAAUAUGCCUCCAUCUGGCCCGCCAAUGCCUCCUGUUCCACCUGGCAUGCCUCCUCCAGGUAAAUUGUCUCUUACUUACAUUUAGAAAGUUUAUGCUUAUUGUGUUUCCUUACUUAGUCUAUGGAAAACAACUAGUGCAAGCUGCUCACAUAUUGAUCUUGCAAUAGAAUUUGCAUUUGAUUGUCUAAUUUACUUUUGAGAAUGGAAGAGAAGCCGAAAAUCUUUAUUGUGUCCAAGUAUUCACACAAUAAAGGACAAAACUAACAGUUAUUGAAUGAUAUUUUGUUAAGAACCACAUCGUGUAUACCGUCACCAGACUAGAAUAUGUAUGCAACAUACAUGUACAUGUAGCUCUUAAAUAGCAUGUUAAUAACAACGAAGAGACAAAACUAAAAGCAAUAAUCAUGAGAAAAGGCAAUUGAAAGUUCUUUGGUGGAUUUAAGUCCUUUGUUGAGCGAAGGCAUUAGGCGUUUAAUAAUGCCCCUUUGUAUGGGGAAGAUUCCAAUUGCUGUCCCAGUCUUUCAUUCCCUUAUGUACUAAAUCUAUCAACAGGUCCUGGGUUUCAAAGACUUUUCCUGGCAAUAUAUUUUUUUUCAAAGAAGUAGAAAACAUGUUUACCCCAGACUUAAAGUUACAUGCAUUUGAACCUCCAAAUACCCCUUGUUCUUUUGCUUGCCUUGAUCCUUGAUUCCCUUCUUCUCGGCCUGACAGACCAAGAACCUGUAACAGGCCACUUGUAAUCCUAAAUCUCAACCUUUUG